AUGCCUAUUUUUACACGAUCCCACCAGGUAAACAUGGACGAAUUGAACAGUAUAGCAUCAUACUUAAGUGUUUCCUCGGGAAAACUUGUAUUAGACGCAAAAGAACAGAUACCAGUAUUAAAAGCAGGGAAUGGUCUAACUGUCAGAGGUCUUGUAUCAGUUGCUAAGCAGCUAGUUCGACAGUCUGAAACUCCGGAAUUAAAGGGCACCACAGCAGAGGAGCGAGCUGCUAUUGACCAGUGGCUGGAAUACCGAGUAGUUCAGGUGGAUAGAAGCCUUCAGGAAAAAGAUGUGUCUACAGUUCUCAGGGACACCAAUGCAUAUUUGUCACACCAUGUAUAUUUCGUCGGAUAUCAGCCAACAUUAGCAGACAUCAUCUUAUAUCUAGGACUAUACAGAAUCUUUGAGGAUUUAACAUUUAUGGAAAAACAAAAGUAUGUUCAUGUAUGCAGGUGGUUCUCAAAUAUGCAGUCACUCUUUGCCGACAAAAUGUUAAAGAAACACAUUGCUUUUCAAAGAAAUAAAAUUUUUAGUGGUACUGGCCAUUAAAACUUAGCCAA